UUUUGUUUACCUUUUGCACGUCUUUACUAUUAUGUUUAAGUUAAUUUUUAAGCAAUUCAAGGCAAAAAGUAGCACACCAGACCUAAACGAUGUGGUAAACUUCGAUAAACCCUUAAAAGAUGACAAAAUCUGUGAACACCGCUUGAAUACCUGCCAUAAGGAAGAUCUUCAGAGGAUCCCCGGUCUAAAGUCACCUAGCACUUGGCGAUGCUAUAAACUAAGGAAUCAUCCCGGAAUCGUGGUUAUACGAAACCCCUUUACCGAGCGGGGCCUUCGGUAUUGGAUAUCCCGAUGCCUGCGGGAUUACCCAAGGCCACCGAACAUCGUCAAUUUAAACGAGAGGCUCUUCGAUGAAACUGUCAGGUCGGACUGGUGGAAGGAGCUCCAACGGUGCCAAUCUAAAGAAGACUUUCAAAGGACAAAAGUGGCCAUGCGUUGGACCACAUUUGGCUAUCAUCACGACUGGGACACCAAGCACUACGAUGACCGCAUGCAGUCACCCUUCCCAGAGGAUCUAAGCCGGCUGUGCAGACUCUUCGCAUCCAUCCUGGGCUACGAGGAAUUCAAGCCCGAAGCUGCCAUAGUUAACUACUAUCCCGUUGGCAGUAGCUUAUCCGGACAUGUGGACUACUCUGAGCCCAAUCAGUCAGCACCAUUAUUUUCGUUUAGCUUUGGCCAGACGGCGAUUUUCCUGAUCGGCGGCAAAAGCCUAGAAGAGACACCCACCGCCCUUCUGCUGCAAAGUGGCGAUGUCCUGAUAAUGUCCGGAGAAUCCCGACUGUGCUAUCACGCUGUGCCGCGUAUCCUAAAGGAUCACAAAACCUUGAACUCUGCCCUGCCUAAGGAUGAGGACGAUAGUGGUGGUGAUUCCCUGGAUAUGGAUUUAUUUGAACAAGUAGGCAACCUGCAUUUCUGGCAGCCUUUUUCGGACUACAUCGCAGACUCUCGUAUUAAUAUUAAUGUACGACAGGUGCUAAAACCAGGACAAUUGUUAUUAAAUUAAGAAAAAUACAUAAAAUGUUAUUAGCUGAA